AAUCCAGGGCCCAAAGUUUCCGUUAUAAACCCCCCUACACCCUCAUCCCUCUGUAACCACCAUCCAACAAACAAACCAACCAACCAACAACCCAUCAUCCAAACACAUGAAGGAACUUAUAAACAACGACUACCAACUCACCGACGAGAUCGGCCGAGGCCGCUUCGGAAUCGUCUACCGCUGCUACUCCACCAUCACCGGCGACUCAUUCGCCUGCAAAUCCAUCGACAAACGCCUCCUGUCCGACCCCACUGACCGCGAGUGCCUCCAGAAAGAACCAAAAAUCCUCCACAUCCUCGGCGGAAACCCCAACAUCGUCCAGAUUCAUCGUCUUUACGAAGAUGAGAAUCAUCUUCACAUGAUCAUUGAUCUCUGCGAAUCUCCAGACCUCUUCGACCGCAUCGCCGCACGUGGAGGUGUUUUUUCUGAACCCGAAGCAGCGUUGAUCUUCUCGCCGUUAAUUUCUUCCAUUGGAUAUUGCCAUCGGUUGGGGAUUGCGCACAGGGAUAUAAAACCGGAUAAUAUAUUGUUUGAUUGUAGGGGGAAUUUGAAGCUGGCGGAUUUUGGAUCUGCUGAGUGGUUUGGGAUGAAUGAGAGGGGGGUAAUGACUGGAGUUGUUGGGACUCCGUACUAUGUUGCGCCAGAGGUUUUGUCUGGCAGGGAGUAUAAUGAGAAAGUUGAUGUAUGGAGUGCGGGUGUUAUCUUGUAUGUAAUGUUGGCUGGAGUUCCGCCUUUUUAUGGCGAAACUCCAGCUGAUACUUUUGAGGCGGUUUUACGAGGGAAUUUACGAUUUCCUCCGAAGAUUUUUAGGUCUGUUUCUCCUGAAGCUAAGGAUUUGUUGAAGAAAAUGUUGUGCAAAGAUGUGUAUAGACGAUUUUCUGCGGAACAAGUACUGAGGCAUCCGUGGGUUGUAAGUGGAGGCGAAACUCGAUCUAUGGCGGAUCUAACCUAGACGAAAGCGGGUUCGAACUUGUGGAGGUGGAAUCAACACUGGUUUUUUCAUCUGUUGAUUUUAGUCCUUGAUGAUGAAUCAACAGAAAGAAAGAGAGCGGAAGUUCAAUGAAUCUUUUGAAGUUGAGGAUGUUUGCAUUUUUUUUUCUACUUGUUUUCCUUUUUUUUUUUAAUCUAGAUGAUGAUUCUUGUUAUUCUCCCACUAGUAUAUUUGGGGAAUGAAUGAAUCAAGUAGAAAAUCUUGUAAAUAUCGUGAAUAUUUAGUGAGCUAAAAUGAGUGAAGUGCUGGUGUAAAUGAUAAUGUCCUCAUCCCUGUUUUCCUUUGAAUUUGAAUAAGAGUGUUAUAACUUAUAAAUAUCCUUUGUGAAGGUUA